GUAGUUAUUUGUCAUCUCAAGAUUGUCAAUUUUCGUGAUGGAGAGGAGGUGUAAAAAAAGCUUUGGUGCAUUAAAUGAUUCCACGCAAACAAACUUCCUGAAAUUCAGAGGUUUUGUAUGAACUCGCUUCUGUUUAAUUUUUAAGUGAAUCAAGGAGUAAUCGGCCAAAUCAGAGUGAUCGUAGUUACUGAACUUCGUCGGACAACUCCAUUGAUUGAGACAAGAAAACAAACGUCAAACCAGUCUCUGCCCAGAGCCCGGCCGAAGCAACGGGUAAGGUGAAUGCCCACGCCCUGUCUAAUCCCGUUGCGAUGCUGGUGUUCUCAGAAUGUGCAAUUUCAUAAUUCCACUCUCCACACAAAAUCGAACUUAUUACGUUUCUAGGACAAGGUAACACUUAAAUAACCAACAUGGAUCUCGGCAAACCUAAUCUUCUUCGUUUUUCCAAUGUUGUUCUUCGCCUCCCGAGUGUUUUUAUUCUGGAAUCUCUUUACCAUUCGAGGGCUAAAAAACUGAUUGAAGAGAGCGAUGUGCUGAACAAUGAAGUGGUGGAAAAGCUUGGAGUUGCACCUGAGAAAUUAACUCUUGGUGCUCAAUAUGUUGGUUAUCUCAUUGCUCUUCUGUUGCAUGCUUUGCCGCUGCACAUGCUCUUCAAGUUCUAUGUCCACAUGAUUGUUGGUAUCCUGAUCCUUGCCUCCCACCAUCUCUCCAGCCACUACCUUGCCCUACAAGCCCAGGCUGACCCUGCCAGUCAUGAAUCUAUCUACAACACCACCUCCAGCAUUCAUCAGCUCUUCAUGUUCAUCGGUCUCCAGACAGUGAUCUGCGUGGUUUGCUCGCAGCUUCUCAAGACAAGGCACAUCUGGGCCUUUGCGCCAUACCUUUUACCGCUUCUUGCCCGAGCCUGUGGGCUGUCAGUGCCAUUCGCGGUGGUCAUGCACGCAAUCGCAGAAAUCAUCUGUAUGGUAGUCGUCACUGUCUUUACCCUGAGGCACAUCCUGGUGCCAUACCGCCUGGCCCUCAUUGGGUUGCAGACCUUGCAGGAGUACGUCGAGUUGUAUGGAAUUGUCAGUGUCGUUUUGGCCCUUUACAACAGGUUCUUUGUGCCUGCCAUAUACUUGGUGUUCUGGAUAACCAUAUUCAUGUACCAGCUCUACUCAUACUUUGCCAACAAAAGCCAUAUGGCUGUGCAGGAGAAAUGGGUUCUGAUCCUUCUUGCAUCUGUAGCGGAUUGUUGCGUCAGCCCCUGGAGCCUGGUUGGGCUCAGCUUUACAGUGUCCUAUACAGCAUAUAUUGUGCUUACAUUCUGCAAGGUGUACCUGAAGGGAUUCAGUGAGAGAGAACAAAGGGAUUUCCUGCACAGAGGAUGGACAGAAGGGGUGACUCUUAUGUUGCUGGCAAUGCAGACAGGCCUUCUCAGCCUGAAAAAGUUUGAGAAAAUCCUCCUCCUUAGUAUUGUACUCUUUAUUGUGAUCUCGUCUACAAUCCAAUCUAUCCAUGAACUGACCAACCCUGUGUUGUUGUCUCUUGGAGCAUCCAACAAUCGCAGUGUUGGGAAACAUGUCAAAGUUCUGGCCCUUAGUUUCGCCUUGAUGUGUGUCCCACUAUAUAUGAGCUACAUGGUUUUCACUAUUUUUGACAUGGAGUUGUGGCUUUUAAUCAUUGUGUCAAGUUGCUUGCUGACAGCUAUUCAGACUUUGGGUUCAGUCUUGAUCUAUGCCCUCUUUAUGGUGGAUCACCGCUACGAAACACCUUGGGAAUCGCUGGAUGAUGUAGUCUAUAGCAUCCAAUCUCUGUGCCAUAUUCUAGAGUUUUUCCUGGCCCUUUUUGUCCUCUGCUAUGGAGGGCUGGAAUCUAUGAAUGCCAGUUACAACCUCACUGGCGGAUUAGUGAUCAUGGUGCACUCCUACUUCAACGUGUACCAACGUGCUCAGGCGGGAUGGAAUUCCUUCAUGAAGCGUCGCAAUGCAUCACGGAAGAUCAGCCAUCUCCCCAAGGCAGACCCUGCAGAGUUGUCCUCCAGGAAAGAUCUUUGUCCGAUCUGUUAUGAAGAGAUGCAUUCAGCGUGCAUCACCCCUUGCAAGCAUCUAUUCCACAGUAUCUGCUUGCGGAAGUGGCUUUAUGUCCAGGAGAAGUGUCCGUUGUGCCACAGUGCUAUUGUGGAAUCCAAUCCCAGCGGGUCUGGUGAUAACGUAAGUCAAGACCAACAGCCCACCAACCAGGAACAAGACAGUUCGCAGCCGGGUGCUCGUGGGGAUGCUGAUUCAGCUACAACCGAGUCAGCCACAAGCAGCACCAAGGUACUGCCUUCACAAGAAUGCCCUCAAAAUGCUACCACCGAUUCCCAAUCAGAAUCUAGGUCAGUAUCAACAGUUUACUCGCGAGAAGAUUCCAACUCAGUGUCAAAAGGUGUUGCAUGUGUUUCCUCUGAAGACCAAAAUUGCUCCAAUAGCAUGCACAGUUCCAUUCCUGCUAAUGUUCCAGUGAGUUAAAUAAUGUGGAUAUUCAGAUUCUUUAUGUCUUUUUGUCUAGAGAAAUGUAAUGACAGUAAAUCUUUAGAAAAAUGAAACAGCAGAUAUUUGUGUGAAGAGUACAUGUAGCUUAAAAAGCUCAGUGCAUCACCACUUGACAUGCUAUACAUGUACUUUAUACAGAGUUGCUGUAUAUUCAAAUAUUUUUUUAAAGAUGUACAUUGCUUGUUGAAAUUGCAGGUGAAGUUCCAUUAAAACUAUUUUCAAAUUGGAAAGUUUGCGGAAAUGAAAUAUAAUCAGGUAUGAUUUGAAAAUGGAAUAAUCUACUUGUACAUGUAUGUGAACAAGUAUAGUUCACCCCAUUAGAUUGGACCUUUCUUUAUUUGUCAUUAGAGUGCAAAAGCUUUCUUGCAAAAUUGCCAUUGUCCAUUAGGCUUGCCAGUAUAAUCCUGCAUUUGAUCAAAUUCUUCUUUAUGAAGGUUUUGUCCACCGGAACAAAAAUUUGAUUUGAAACAAAUGCAGACAAAAUAAUAAAACUACCACUUGCACAUUACAAACUGUUACAUGCACGCAUGUUAUCACUAGUCUGCACAAUACAUUGUAUAUGAGUACAAUUGUACAUCUAUGUGAUAUUUUUUUUUGGGGGGGGGGCUCAAAUAAUGUAAAAAAAAAUGAUCUGACUCCUCAUCGAACCAGUGAAAUCAGCAUAAAUGUGUAGUUCAACAAAGAAAAGUGAAGUACAUAAUUUCAAUUAAAUGUACAAUGUACCUGUACAUGUAGUUGAAAUGUAUAAAAAUUAUUACAUGGUACAAUUGUACACAAAGAUAGUGUUUGACAUACAUUAAAAGCACUUACACAUCGUCAUCAACCAUGAAGCAUUUUGCUGUUAAAUACAGAUAAAAAUUGCGAAACUAUAAAAUCUUGUAUAUUUCUCAUCCUACAUGUGUAUCAAAUUUUGAUGAAAUUGUCAGUAUUUUGCUUGUGUAUUUGUACUUUAUUCCUCUUGAUAUUGGAUGGACUUGGCAUUUAAGUCUUCUUUAAUGUAGAUAUUACAGUAUAAGAUUUAUUAUGAAACGGGGAUAUGACAGGGUUAAUGAUCAACAUUAUGAGUACAUGUGUAACAUGCAUACAUGUAUUAUGAUGGCCUUUGAUCCCAUUUAUACAGUAAUGCAAACAUGUAUGUGUGUAGAUGUUUUUAAAGUAUUUUAAUGCUAAAUUUUAUACUUGUGAAUGACUUGAAAAUGUACAAAUUGUAUUAAUACUGUACAUGCAUACAUUUAGAAAAAUAUUUACAUGUACAUGUAGAUGUUUCAGAAAUGUCGACCAUGUAAUCUGCAGUAAGUUCUAAUGGUAUUCCAAUUUCUUGAAAUUAUUAAAGUGCAUACAGGUAUUGUACAGUGUACAUGUAAUUUUACAUGAUGCAAUUUCAUUUGAUAUAUUGCCAUUGAAUUGAAAGAUAAUUGAGGCUGACUUGAAAAUGAUAAUGCUGAAUUUCCAAAUACCCAAUUUUGGUUUCUUCCCAGUCCCUGCUUACAAAUUGCAAUUACAGUGUACUACAUUGUAGUCUGUAUUGUGCAUAUUUAAAGUGUGAUGAACAUUACUCAUCAAAAUGCAGAAACUCUUGUUAUUUUCAUUGAAAUGCUUAUUCUAAAUUCACUUCCUAGAGCUGCGUCACCUUGAGUUUUAUGAAUUAAAAUGGCAUGCCCUAAACUUACAGAUCAUCUGCUACAUGUAGCUCAUUGCUUGUUGCUGAAAAAAACAUUGUUUCGAAGGGGAGGGGCAUUUUAAAAAAUAAGUGAAACCUAACAGAUUUAUUUUCUUUCCCUGCUGUGCUGUAAGAAGUAUUAUUUUGAAUGUGAAAGGAGCCAAGACUCUAACAUCAACCAACGUAUUUGUUAUUUAGUUGUGCUGAUAUUUGAUAUAUUGUGAAUGCCAAAUUGGUCUUAAUAAUUUGAAAGCUUUAAAAGAUGCCUCACUUGCCAGUUGCCACAACUGAUAUGAAAUAAUUGAUUUCAAAAAUAUGUUCAAGAUGUAAAGUCUCUCUCUUGCUGAAAUGUCCCAUUGUGUAUAAUUUAAAUAGAAUUAUGAAAAAUAUCUUUAUUUUUUGACAAAUAUGAUUUAAAAGGUGAUAUGUUAAGUCAUUGGUGAGCUAAUGUAUGUACUGAUCAUAAUUUGAAAUAUUUGGGUAGUAUUCUAUGCUGAGCAUUAAUGUUCAUGUACUAUGGUGGUCAGCAGUGUUAGGGGCCCUACUGGUAUACAUGUAGCUGAUUUCUGACCACCACUCAUGAUAAACACCACUUCCGACCACCACUAAUUUCAAACAUUAAAUGUUUCAAGCAGAACUCUGUGCAGCUACAUGUAAUUGUACUUGUAAUGAUUAUGUUGUUUUGUUUGCACGAUUUACAACAAGCAUUAUCUUUUAAAAAAUGCCAAUGCCAAUAGUAAAAUGAUGUUCAUUCACUUUAAAGGCAUCAAAACAAUUACAUGUAAUUCUGCAUGCCUAAAAAAAAAACCCCAAAAACUUAGCCUUACUGUGAAAUUGCGACCACCACUGAGAAGUCUGUACGUACAUAGCUAGAACACUGAUUUACAUUACAUGUACACAUGCAAUCCUGUGCAAAACAUGUGUACAUCAAUGAGGUGGUAUGUUUGAAAAAUUCUCCAUAACAGGAAGAAUGAAAAUGAGGAAGGAAGACAUUGCUUACAUUGUAGGUUGUUAUAGUUCAAAUCAUUCAUGGCAUGUCACUCAUUCUCUUUAAAGUGGCAUUAUCGAAUUUCAUUCCUGGUGAUGGCUAAUCAAUGCUAGCUACAGUGUACAUGUACAUGCAGUCAUUAAUUUGACUCCAAAGGGAUUGAUGAUAAUAGCUUUGAUUGGUCAGACCUAUUAAACAGAGCUCGACACUAGCAGUGGCCGGGGGCAACCAAAAAUGAGAGUCGGGCCACCAAAAUUCUUUAAAAGCCUGUAAUUGGUGGCCCAGUCAAGCUACCAAAGUUUUGAUAAAUUGUAAUGUUUUCUAUCAUUUUAGCGCCACCAAAUAUGCUUUUCGGGCCCCCAAGAAUAUGAAAUUGAUGAUUUUGGUGGACCGAUCGGGCCACCAAGAAAAAAAGUUAGUGUGGAGCCUUUUGCCUAUAAAGCAACAUAUUUCUUUGGUCUGAACGUGGGGUUGGUUUUUUGUGCAUAUUUUAUUUAAUGUUUAUACAUGUAUUUAACAAUAUAGGCCUAUACAUUUUUGUUGAGAAAUAAGAUUUCCGUACAGGUAUAUCAUGUACUUUGUACAUGCAUUGGUCCUGUUCAUUUUACUCUACUGUUGACAUUGGCAUGUUGGUCUAUGUGUGUUAGGCCUACAUGUACUUGUAGUCUUGUACAUGUACAUGUAUUUAAGGCCUAUGUGUACAUGUACUGUAUUUUUUUUUAAAAGGAGGGUGUAAUAGAGUUUGUUUACCGGUAGGCCUAUACAUUCAAUUCAGACUGACUAUCCACAAACCUACAGUAGUCUGGCAAGAAUAAUGACAAGCAACACUUUAUUUAUAGCCAAAUGCAUAUUGUUCAGUUUUUCCAAUUUGAAGAUGACCCUUGAUAACAUUUGAUAUCAAAUUCAACCUUGCAUAAUGUAAUUUCAUGCUUUCAAGGUCAUCAGGUAUUAUUGUAAAAAAAAAGAUGUGUGCAGCACUUCAUUGCCCAUCACAAGUAGUAGUAUGCACAAUCAUAUUGGGGACGAAUAAAGAGCACUUGAUGUAGUGGCAUAUGGUUUAAGUUUAAAUUAGCCUAAUUUAAGGGUCAUAUUGAUUUGUUUUAUGUUCAUUUCCGCUCUUGUCAAAAUUUUUGUCAUGUCGACAAACUUUUAUGUACUUCAAACUAGCUGUCAAAUUCACCUUUAUUUUAUUUUAUUUUAGGACUUUGAAUGGAUAAGAGCAUGGAUAGGUAUUGAAAUGAAUAGUCAUUGGUCCAAAUACUGUAUGCUCUCAAAAGUAAAGUCAGUCAUGAUUACAAUGACCCAUAUUUUAAAUUGUGGUUUUAGCGAUCUUUGGAGGCAGAAGCAUCAAGCCUUUGAGAGGUUGUCACAUUUGAAUGUUUCAGCCAGUGUAAAACUGAAAUGUAUAUGUACAUGUUGCAAGCCAUUUCAUCAUUUAAUCCUAUUUCUUGAUAAAUCUUUGAUAUCAACAAUUUCCAUUUGUUAGUUUAACUAACAAAUAAGUUUAGAUAAUUUCAUUAUAUCAGGAAGUAGUAUCUUGAUGAAUUCAAAUUGAUAUAAGUACAAUUCUUCAUGCUGAAUAUCAAUGAAUAGAGUUCUUUAUAUCAAUAAAUGCCAUUUGUUAAAAAUAUGUCUGAUGAUUUUGCUAAUAAUUUCUUGAGUAUCAAGAAAUUGGAUUAAUGACUGAACUGCAUGCUAUACAUACAGUGCAGUGGGUCAGCAUGCUGGCAGUAACAUCCAGCUGCUACACCCUAUUUAAAAUGUGUCUUUCUCAAAUUUAUGACUAUUUUUUCAUGCUUUAAAUACGAAGAAAAAUAUAAUUGCAUUGUAAUUGCUAGAGAGUUUUCAGUUUCUGAGAGAAUCAAAUGUGCGGAUGCAUUGAACAUUAAGGUCAGUGUGGCUAUCCAUACACGUACAUGUAGCUUCAUGUAAACCAUGAAUUCAGACCAUGGUUUAAGCAUGGACCUAGCAGGGUGCUGCAUAACUUUGUAGAGGCACUUGCCCGGUCGGGCAAGUAAAUGUUUAAAUAGUUGGAAUAUACUUGCCCAAAAAUCUAUUCACUUGCCCAAAAAAAUCAUUGAAAAAAAGUGUUA